AUGUGUCCAUUGCAUUGUGUCUUUGCACUCUUUUCGCGUUUGUUUUGGCUGAUAGCCGAUCUCGUUACAGAUUUGCCUGGUCAAUCUGGUGUGAGCUUCAGACAUUACGCCGGCUAUGUCCCGGUUGAUAAAAAACAUGGAAGGGUUAUGUUUUAUUGGUUUUUCGAGGCUAUGAGGCUCCCAAACCAGAAGCCUUUAGUACUGUGGCUUAAUGGAGGGCCUGGAUGUUCUUCUGUGGGAUACGGAGCAACACAAGAGAUUGGUCCAUUUCUUGUGGACAACAAAGGAAACAGUCUUCAAUUAAAUCCAUACGCAUGGAAUCAUGAGGCCAACAUUCUGUUUCUAGAAUCUCCAGUUGGUGUUGGGUUUUCAUAUUCAAACACAAGCAGUGACUAUAAAAAGAUCGGCGAUGAUUUUACAGCAAGAGACACAUACACCUUUAUCCAAAACUGGUUAGAGAGGUUCCCGGCUUACAGAGAUAACGAUUUCUAUAUAGCGGGCGAGAGCUAUGCAGGAAAGUACAUACCGGAGCUUGCAGAGGUCGUUUAUGACAAGAACAAUGAAAAUUUGUCACUUCAUAUUAAGCUUAAAGGCAUUCUGCUUGGCAAUCCUGAAACUUCGGAAGCCGAAGAUUGGGAAGGAUGGGUGGAUUACGCAUGGAGCCAUGCAGUAAUAUCCGACGAGAUGUAUGGAGUCAUAAAAAGAAAUUGCAACUUCAGUAGUAACACAACUUGGGAUGUUAAAGAAUGCAAAGACAACAUAGACGAAGUAAUCAAACAAUAUCACAAAAUUGAUCAGUACAGUCUCUAUACUCCUACAUGUAAUGGAAAUUCAACGCCCAGUUCCUCCCUUGAUUUGACGAGAUUCAGGACUAAUCUUGCCAAUUCCAAAAUGAUGCCGAGGAUGAUGGGAGGAUACGAUCCGUGUUUGGAUGACUAUACGAGGAUAUUCUACAACAGAGCAGACGUCCAGAAAGCUCUUCAUGCAAGUGAUGGUAUUCAUCUCAAGAAUUGGAGCAUUUGCAACGAUGCUAUUUUUCAAAAUUGGACGGAUUCAAAGCCCUCGGUUUUGCCAAUAUAUAAGAAAUUAAUCGCGGGAGGAUUUAGAAUAUGGGUUUACAGCGGCGAUACAGACGGAAGAGUACCCGUACUCGGGACAAGGUACUGCAUAAACAAAUUGGAAUUACCUAUCAAGACGUCGUGGAGGCCAUGGUACCACGAGAAACAGGUUAGUGGAUGGCUUCAAGAAUAUGAAGGUUUAACGUUCGCAACGUUCAAAGGAGCAGGACAUGAUGUGCCAUCCUUCAAACCUAGCGAAUCCCUUUCAUUUUUCUCCGCCUUUCUCAAAGGAGUUCUUCCCGCUUUAUCGCCGUAA